AUGCCGAAAGACAGUGCAAUAGGUCGUCAAAGUUUCAACGGCCGUGGUAUGCGGGUGUACAAUGCACCCGUAUACCACAAUGCUGUCCCCGUGCGGCGUCCGGGAGGAAACGCCCGACGAUGUUACAGGUGCCGACAGGUGGGUCACCUGGCCAGAAAUUGCGACUCCCCCUGCUUGGUGCCUGCGGCAUCGCCGGGCGCGUCCUCGUCGGGGCCGCAACAGGAACGGCAGCACCAACAACAACAGCAGCACCAACAACAGCGGCAACCGCAACGGCAGCGGCAACCGCAGCAGCGGCGGCAACCGCAGCAGCGGCGGGGCCGUGAGUUAAGUAGUUUUGUCGGUCAGAUGUCGAGGGCGGUGGAGGAGCCGGCCGCAGCCUCGACACCGAGAUCAACGGGUGAGGAGGUGGGGGGGUACACGACCGCCUCCUCAACUCCUCAGCGCCAGAACGACGCCACAACUCCAACUGUGAUCGGGUCGGCGAACAGUGGUCAGUGGGUGGUGAUGGAGGCUGGUAAGUUUCAAUUGGACGAUUUUGUCUACUUCAUAAUUUAUUUAACAAUUGUAUUUUUUUUAAAUAUUUUUCAGAAUGAAUAA